CCCCCGCCCGGCCACGGGACCGGGCGCUGGCCGCCGUGCGCACAGCCGCUGGGCCGGCCUGAGCGCUCGGGUGACGGGGGGCACCAUGUGGGCCGGUCGUGUGCUCCACGCUGCUCUGUCCGCAGCCCCCCGCGGCCGCCGCGCGCAGUCGGCGCUGACCCAGCUGCGUGGCGUCCUGGAGGAAGAGCUGGAAGCGAUCCGCGGGGCUGGCACCUGGAAGAGCGAGCGGGUCAUUACGUCCCGUCAGGGGCCGCGCAUCCACGUGGACGGCGUCUCCGGAGGUAACUCCCCGCUCCCGGGAGUUGUCGGACCUGGCCGGCCCUUUCCUGCCCUGAGCUGCUGUGUCCAUACCGCCCUCUACCUCAGGAAUCCUUCUUCUUUUUUUUUUUUCAUCUCAGGAAUCCUUAACUUCUGUGCCAACAACUACCUGGGCCUGAGCAGCCACCCCGAGGUGAUCCAGGCAGGUCUGCAGGCCCUGGAGGAGUUUGGAGCCGGCCUUAGUUCUACCCGCUUCAUCUGUGGGACCCAGACCAUCCACAAGGAUCUAGAAGCAAAGAUAGCCCGCUUCCACCAGCGGGAGGAUGCCAUCCUGUAUCCUAGCUGUUUUGAUGCCAAUGCUGGCCUCUUUGAGGCCCUGCUGACCCCACAGGAUGCAGUCCUGUCCGAUGAGCUGAACCAUGCCUCCAUCAUCGACGGCAUCCGUCUGUGCAAGGCCCAUAAGUACCGCUAUCGCCACCUGGACAUGACUGACUUGGAGGCCAAGCUGCAGGAGGCCCAGAAGCAUCGACUGCGCCUGGUGGCCACUGAUGGGGCCUUUUCCAUGGAUGGCGACAUCGCGCCCCUGCGGGAGAUCUGCCACCUUGCCUCUCGAUAUGGUGCCCUGGUCUUUGUGGAUGAAUGCCAUGCUACUGGCUUCCUGGGGGCUACAGGACGGGGCACGGAUGAGCUACUGGGUGUGAUGGACCAGGUCACCGUCAUCAACUCCACACUGGGGAAGGCACUGGGUGGAGCCUCAGGGGGCUACACGACGGGGCCCGGGCCUCUGGUGUCCCUGCUACGGCAGCGCUCCCGGCCCUACCUCUUCUCCAACAGCCUGCCACCUGCUGUCGCUGGCUGUGCCUCCAAGGCCCUGGACCUGCUCACGGAGAGCAAUGCCAUCAUCCAGACCAUGGCAGCCAAGACCCAGCGUUUCCGCAGUAAGAUGGAGGCUGCUGGCUUCACCAUCUUGGGAGCCAGUCACCCUAUCUGCCCUGUGAUGCUGGGUGAUGCUCGGCUGGCUUCUUGCAUGGCAGAUGACAUGCUAAAGAGAGGCAUCUUUGUCAUCGGGUUCAGCUAUCCAGUGGUCCCCAAGGGCAAGGCCCGGAUCCGGGUGCAGAUCUCAGCAGUGCACAGUGAGGAGGACAUCGACCGCUGUGUGGAGGCCUUCGUGGAGGUGGGGCGUCUGCAUGGGGCACUACCCUGACCUGGCUGGUGAGAAGCAGAGCCAAGGUCCCCCUCCCUCCACAUUGACAAAAGGGCCCUUUCGUCAGCCCAGGCCAGAGACUCUGAGCCCUGUCAAAGUCCUGGGGCUGGGCUGGGGCAAGGCCUGUGUUUGUGGUUGAGAGUGUCAAGCAAUAGGUGUGGAAACGGGCUGA